GUGUAUAAAAGGAGGCAGAGCUGAAGGCGAGCAGAGAAGCAGAGAGAAUCUGGAAACACCGGAUCAGCAGUGUGGACAUACAGGCUCAGGAUCAGGACUUUGGACAGCUCAGCGCAAAGAACCAAAACAGACAACUUUAUCAAGCAAACAUGUGUAAAGCGAUGUUAGCACGGUCCGGUCCCCACCUGCUCCUCCUAAUAGCCCUGUGCAGUGUGUUGUACUCCCGGACUCUGAGUCUACCAUACACAUCCAUGAGACCGACGAGACACGCAGACGGACUGUUCACCAGCGGAUACAGCAAACUCCUGGGACAGCUAUCAGCGCGGAGGUACCUGGAGUCCCUGAUUGGAAAGCGGGUCAGUGAUGAGCUGAUGGAUGAGCCAGUGAAGCGCCACACAGACGCCAUCUUCACAGACAACUACAGCCGCUUCCGCAAACAGAUGGCCGUCAAGAAGUACCUGAACUCAGUGCUAACAGGAAAGAGAAGCCUAGAAGAUCCAGGAAACAGCGACCAAGAGGAGUCCAGGGACGAUCCCAACACCUUCCAGGAGAGCUACGACGACAUCAACGUAGACCACCUCCUAAACAACUUUCAGCUGCCACUUUGAGGAGGACCCUCUGCUCAAGUCGAUACCUCAAGUCAUCCUCAUGAAACCGCUCAUUCCAAAAAAAAAACAAAAAAAAAACAGCAACGCAGUAUUAAUCCAAAGGACAUUCGAGACGUCAGAUCCGCCAACGAUGAUGUGUUUUAUCCUCCGAUGUGGUUAUCUAUCUAUCCAUCCACACAGUACAUGUUUACACUGUAUAUAUACACACACAUACAACUAAUCACUAAAGACUCUCGGGGUCACGCUGAGCAACACGCGUGUCCAGGUUGGUCGGUCGGUGAAGUCGGCAGCAGGAAACAUUAACAGAAAGACCACGUUUGCUUUCUUUCUGUUGUUCCAUUUCCCUGGAACCAGUAUUAAAUCUGAAGAAAUCCAUCUAAUCUUUUUACCCGCUGAGUAUCAACAGAACACUGUUUUUUGCCUUGAUCUUGAGUCAAUAUUCAGUGAACAUGUAGCUUUAAAUCGCUGAUAAAUUUGAAUAUAUUCUCACAAAAUUUCACUCGGAGAGCUUCAUUAACUUUCAGUGAAGAAUUCCUUCAUGUAAUGGAUGUAACUCCAUUAGAUUUCAGUAAAAUUGCAGCCUUGUAUCUGUAAAUCACACUAAUUGUGCCAUUAAUUUUAAUUAAAUAACAUCCCAGUUUACUUUUAAUGCACAAUACUUUGAUUUCAGUGGAAUAUUUGCCACAAUUUGUUUCACAAUGUCUGGUCAGAAUUUCUUUUAAACUUUAGAAACACUGAAUGUCAAUGGAACAAGAUGUACUUUCAAUGAAUUCCAGUGAAUAUACUGAAUUUCAAAUGGUUAAAACUUUUCAAGUGAACUUUAAAUGGAGCAUUUAUGUGAUUAAACUCAUUUUAUUCAAAAAGCAGUUCCAUCAACUUCAAGUGGAGCAAUUUUUUAAUUAAUCUUAAAUGGAAUACCAUUAUCUUUCAGUGUUUUUGGUGAUUUCAUAAAACGUUUAUGAGAAAAUGUGUCUUUUUUUCAUAAUAGCUCUUCUUCCGUUAAUUUUAAAUGGAUAGAAUCCCCAUAUUAAUGUUUAAUGUGAUGACCAUUCCAUUAAAUCUCAUGAAUCGGUUAAACAUUGCUGAACAUCAAUGGCAACAGUAAUAUUUUUCAUGUAUUUAUUUCAUUUUAAGUGUGUCUACUAUCAUUUCUAGCAUUAAAUGAAACAUUGGUGAUGUAAACUUUAAAUGGAACAUCUGUCUGAUUUAUUUUUACCAACUGUUCCAUUACAUUUCAACAGAACAAUGAGUGGUACCAUUAACUUUCAGUAAUAUUCCCCUAUUUACUGUCAAUAGAACAACAGCUGCACAGAAUUACUGUGGAACAUUUGAUUUAUUUGUUCACUUUCACUCGAUUUAAAUGGAACAGUAAAUUCUGUUGUGUUAGAUUCUAAUCAAACAAUUAACGUUCAGCGGUGCAAUCAUGAUCAGUGCUGUUCUAAACAUUCGUGGUCUUCUGAUGAUUAAACGGUGAUUCGUGGGGUGACGGGAACACGUUUUGAAUGGACACAGAUGCAUAUAAUCACUUUAUACUUAUUCAACAUGUAGAGCAAAGAAGUUAUACCUGCAUAGACCUGCCUUUAGUGCAUAUAGUGAUGUACACCACUCACCAAAUAAAAGAUGUUGGUUUAUUUUUCAAAGCUGA